AUGUCCACUACAACACCCUAUCCCUUCUACCAAAUCGACGUAUUUACCGAGAAGGGCUACCUCGGCAACCCAGUGGCUGUUGUCGUGGUUCUGGAUCCAUCUCUCCCGGUUCCUACGGACGAACAGAUGGCUCAGUAUGCCACAUGGACCAACCUCUCUGAGACCACCUUCCUGCUCCCUCCAACGGAUCCGACCAAGGCGGACUACCGCGUGCGUAUCUUUACUCCUAGCAUGGAGCUUCCGUUUGCAGGCCACCCAACUCUAGGCACAUGCCGCGCAUUCCUCGAGCACACCGGUGUGGUCACCAACGAACCUAAGAAGAUUGUGCAAGAGUGUGGCGUAGGAUUGGUCGAGCUUUCAGUCUCUCUGGAUGGGUCCAUUGCGUUCGUAGCGCCACCGCUUUCAAAGACUGGAACCGUCGAAGAGGACAAGAUCCAGAUUGCCUGCGACGCCAUGGGCAUUGAUCGCAAAGAGGUUUUAGACACGCAGUGGAUCGUCAAUGGCCCGCAUUGGUUCGCAUUGUUGGUCAAGGACGCCGAAACAGUGAUGAAGGCCAAGCGUACUCCGACAGAACAGUCCAAGGAGCUCGAGUUUGGUAUCCUUGGAGAGUACCCAGCUCAUCAACGCAAGAGCUCGCAGGAUCCACUCUUCGAGGUUCGAACCUUCCCACAUGCCGAUGGCGUGGACGAGGACCCUGUUACGGGUUCGUUCAAUGCUGGUAUGGCUCAAUGGCUCAUCGGAACAGGCAGAGCGCCGCUCAGCUACGUCGCUUCACAGGGCACAGCCAUGGGCCGAAAAGGAAGGGUCGUGGUCAAGCGCGAUGACACGGACGCGUCGUCUGAGGAGAUGAAGAGAAAGAUCUGGAUUGGCGGUCACCAGGUUAUCUGCAUCCGAGGCACUGUUCAGAUCUGA